AUUCGGUCACACUGGAUCGAACGAAUAAAGUAGGCAUAAAAGGCAGAGCUCGAAGUGAAUUUGUGCGAUUUAUAUUAUCAAAUAUUUUUACACUUUUAUAGUACACAUUUCGUAUACGCUUUCACAGCCAAUUUACAGCGUAUGUCAACGAUUAGCCCAGUGCGUGCAUAUUUUUAAACAACAUUACGUAUCGCGGUAGGGGCCAAGAACAGACACAGCAAAAAGCAGAGCAAAGAAAGAAAGUUCUAAAAAUAUUUUUAUCGUCGUGAAAGUCAAUUUUAUUUCGCGCAACCAAUAAAGCUUUAAAUUAAAGACCAACGGCGCAUAAUUAAUUGCAAAAAUGGUAUUGAAAGUGUACGUCAGCGGCAUGUCCGGCAACAAGGAGGUGAAAAAACGCCAACAGCGCGUUUUGAUGAUCCUGGACAGCAAGAACAUUCAGUACGAUACCGUUGACAUCACAGAGCCCGGCAAGGAGGGCGAAAAGGAGCUGAUGCAAAACAAAUCGACUAGCAAUGGCGGCACAGUCAGCGAUCCAGAGCCGAGACAUCCAUUGCCGCCGCAGAUCUUCAACGAUGAUGAAUAUUGCGGUGAUUACGAUGCCUUCGAUAUGGCCAACGAGAUUGAUACGCUGGAGGUGUUCCUCAAGCUGGCGCCAGCUGAUACAACGGCUGUGAGCAGUGCUCAAAUCGAACUGAAGCAGGAGAACGGCGUCGCCAAGGAGGAGGAGAAGAAGGCUCCAGCGGAGGGUGAAACUGAAGCUGCAGCUGAAGCUGAUGCUGAUGCAGCUGGCGCUGCCGAGGAAACGGACGAGGCGGACAAGAAGAAGGAGAAUCCAGAGCAAAAGGAAGAAGAUGGCGAGCAAACGAGCGAAGAUAAGGAGCAAGCAGCUAAAGAGGACGAGGAUGCAGACAAAAAAGAUGAGAAUAGUGAAGAAAAGACUGAAACCGCUGGAGAAUCCGAAUCCGAAGAGAAGAAAGCGACAUCCACAGACAAAGCGGAUGAUGAGAAAGAGAAUGAUGCAAAGGGAACCGAUGAGAAAGAGGGUGAAGGUAAGGAAACGAAAGAAACUGCGGAGAAUUCGGGAGACGAGCCGAAGGAAAAGUCUAAAGAAGAAAAGUCUGCAAAUGCCGAAGACGAAACGAAGGAGAAACCGAAAGACGGUGAAGAGAAUAAGAAUGAUAAAACUGAAGAUAAGUCAGAAGAGGUAGACAAAGAAACUGAAGUAAAGGGAGAAGAACAAAAAGAAACUGAAGAAAAAUCCACCGCCGAUUCAACUCCAGAGGAAAAGAAACCGGAAGACUCCUCAGCGGAAAAAGAGAAAGAAAAAGUCGAAGAAUCUGCUGCUGCAGAAGAACCGAAAGAAACUUCCGAAAGCGCAACAGCCGAAGAGGUGGAAGAAUCAGAGAAAGAGGAAGAGGAGGUGGAAGAAUCAGACAAGGAAAAAACGGAAGAUAGAGUAAAAGCCGCCGAAGCAACUGAAGAAAAAAGCAAAACCGAUGUUUCUACAACAGAAGAGCAGCAGCAAGAAGUCGAGGAAGAAAAGAAAGAAGUUGAAGAAUCACAAGACAGUUCCGAUGAUAAGGUUGAAGUUUCUAAAGAUAAUGCAGACGACAAAGUUGAGGAAGAAUCGAAAGAAAAAACAGAAGAGAAAGUUGAGGAAGAAUCGAAAGAAAAAACAGAAGAGAAGGUGCAGGAAACAUCGAAAGAAAAAACAGAAGAGAAAGUGGAGGAAGAAUCGAAAGAAAAAACCGAAGAAGAUAAAGUAGAAGAAGAAACAGAGGAAGUUAAAGUAGAAGAAACUACGAAAGAUGCAGAAAAAACAAAGGAAGAUAAAGUAGAAGAAUCUAAGGAAGGUAAAGUAGAAGAAUCUGAAAACCCAGAAGAAACUGAUUCGAACAAAGAGGAGUAACUAAAAAAUAAAGAAAUGGAGUGCAUAAAAUGCCAAAGAACCGACGAACCACAACUUACGAACAAAAUGAACCACAGCACAAUGAACCAAACCCACGCACACACACACACACACAUAAAGAAAAAACCGCCUCGCCCACACACACACACACACAUGCAUACACGCACACAUUAGCAAAUAGUGAACAUGUAUUGUAAAUAAGAAAAAAAAAAA